CUCCAGACUACGGAACCAGAAGUUCCAGUUCAGUAUCUAGUUUUAAAUGCAGCGCGUGCCAUAACUGCCAUUCUUAAACGUUUUUGUUCCAGGGACUGACAAAACAUGACUUUCAUUUGGAGUCCCCUUUCAUUUGGAGUCCCCUUGAGUCUGCCAGUACACAGAAACAGAUUAACCUGGAAAAUGUAUAUGACAACACGCACACACGUAUGCACAACCUUUUGGGAACUUAUUGAUCGCUUUAACUGUGGCUCACUAGCAAGCACUAGACAAAGCCAGUUGCGGUUGUCACAACAUUGAGUGUGCAGGAAGUUAAGCUGCCCCAAACAGGUUUAGCGGCCAGCCCCACCCACUUCUGUCUUAAAGGGACCACACCCAUCAUACCACACACCCGUCAUAUUAGAGUACUUGUCGAUACAGAGUGCAUUCAGGUUCUUUCACCUUCAUGGGGCAUAGGUGUUCUUUUAAAGCCUGUACAUCUAUUAUUUUAAAGGAAAACAUCUUCCAUUUCUGUUAAAGAUGUCGACUGCUAUAAUCAUUAGCGUUGUGAAAGAAAUAAGGAGCCAUUACAAACAAUGGAAUGCAAUUAAAGAUGACAAGAAGUUCCUUGAAAUUGCAGCAAGUUUUAUGUCAGAAUACUGUGGUCACAAAAUAAAUAUCAAAAUAAAGGAUAUGGGAGAUUUUAUUUUCACAAUUGGAGGUCAGGAUAACACCAUCUACAAAGGAGAUAAAGACAAGGCAGAGGAUUGGGAAAAUGCAUUCCUGCCUAGUAAAAGUGUAAAGAUGGAGGUACUUGGAGCUGUGAAAAACCUCACCUUCCCAAAUGAGUGUGCCGAGCUGGUCAUAAUGCUUUGUGAGGACCGCCAGGUGUAUGCUUACGAUGGAGAGGAGAUGCACCUGGUCGCUUCGAGCCUGAAGGACCUCUUUGACUCUGGGCUUCAGUAUCCUGGCAUCCCAACCUUUAACUAUGGUCAACGAUUUGAAAACAUGUCAAAGAAGGAGUGGGAGGAACCAAAGCCAGAACAUGACAGGAAAGAUGUUAUGUCGGAUACAGAGUUUCUGGAAAACAUAAACCAGCUUAUUCUGUUUGAUCAAAAACAGGAACAAUACCUAAUUAGGUCUUCUCUUGAUUCAACAAAGACUGAAUCCAACAUGGACGGAAACAACCACAAAAAAAAUAAAAAGCAAACAACAAGCCAUUCCAGAAAACACACUGGUCAGAGGAAGAAACCUUCAAAAGCACAAAUCUGUCAUGAAUUAUGUUGCAAACCAAGAUUAAUGCCAGAUAAACACCCAUAUUUUUUAAUUCAAACCUAGAAGAAACUGUCAAGUUUGAAGGCAUUUUAGAGUUAUUAGACUAUCCCAACAUACUCAUUACUAGGACUCAGUGGUGGACAACAGUCAAGUUUCUGAAUGUCUUAUCUGAAGUUGGGAUGUCUCCAUUUGGUUUUUCACCACCUGCCCUCUGGAAUAACUAGAAUUCUUUGGGUCUGGACACAUUGGUGCUGCUAGGAAAGUUGACAGGGAUGGUUGCCUACCUCUACAUGUGCUUGUUUAAGAUUUUAUAGUCCUAAGUAUUUGUAUUAUUUGCAUUUUCGGUGUAUUUUGUAAAAUCCAUGGUAAAUAAGUAUGUAUUUUAAAUGUCAAUUAAUCAGGGUAAAGACCCAGUCAUAGCACUUUCUCACCUUGGCUUGUUUUCCUUGGUUUUGAAUUACAGGAUAAACAGUCUAAAUAGAAAGAAACACCAUCCAGCACUUGUUAUUAAUCUUUCAAAAGCCUUUGACACUUUUGAUCACUCUUUACUCAUUCUUCAGAAACUGACUUCAAUAGGCGUAGACCAAACUACAUGUCUAUGCCUGUCUACGCCUUUUGCAUGUAUAUUUUACUUUGUACAGAGACCGUGAGUGUUUAUGUGUAAUAUGUAAAUAUUAUUAUACUUUUUGCCAUCAGUUAUAAUUAAACAUGGAAAUUAC